UCUUUCGUUGGGUUAAACGUGUUUGUUUGUUGCAGUGCCUCGUGACGUGCGCCGUUUUAAUUCUGGCCGCGGGGGCGGGACAUCCCAUCGGCUUCUCCGCCGUCGCGCUCCCGCAGCUCAGGAACGAGACUUCCAACAUGAGGAUAGACGAAGAUAUGGGAUCGUGGAUCGCCAGCAUUCACUCAGCCGCCACGCCCCUUGGUUCAAUGGUCUCCGGCCCCAUAAUGGAGUUCAUCGGCCGGAAGCGCACGCUACAAAGCUGCACGCUACCCCUCAUCAUAGGGUGGAUCAUCAUAGGCACGUCCAUACACAACGGCAUGCUGCUGUUCGGCAGAGUUCUCUGUGGUUUCGCUGUUGGAGUCAUGGCAGCGCCUUCACAGGUUUACUUGGGCGAAAUAGCCGAACCGCGGCUGCGAGGCCUGCUGAUCGGAGCGCCGUUCGUGGCGUAUUCCUUGGGCGUUCUCUACGUUUAUGCCCUGGGCGGGGUACUGCCAUGGCGGUCCGUCGCUCUGCUGUCAAUAGUGCUCCCAGGGUUAGCGGUUGUGGCGCUCUGCUUUUCACCCGAGAGCCCUACGUGGCUGGCCAGGCAGGGCCGGUUCCACGAUGCCAUGGCUGCGAUGGCUCGCCUGCGCGGUGAUCCUGAUAUUGCUCAGCGCGAGCUCCACGAGCUGAUAUCAGCUCGGGAGAAGGAAAAAGCGAGGGGAGAGCACAGCAUCCGAUUCUUCGCGACUGUGACCCGCGCGCCGGUGCUGAAACCAUUGCUGCUGAUCAACUUGUUCAACAUGCUGCAGAUUCUGUCCGGCAGCUAUGUGGUCAUAUUCUACGCGGUGGACAUGGUCAGGGACUCGGGCGGUGCGCUCGAUCCUCAGGUGACCGCCAACGCGAGCGCCCUGGUCCGCCUCUGCGUCACCGUGGUCGCGUGCGCGCUGCUCAUGCGUCUGACCCGGCGCGUGCUUGUCAUGAUCUCGGGCGUCGGCACCGCCGUAUGUACCCUUUCCCUCACCUACGUGUUGUCCCAGGGAACCGACGGCUAUGCCGCACCCAUCCUCAUACUGUCCUACGUAGGCUUCAACACCUUAGGCUUUUUCCUCCUCCCCGGCCUAAUGAUAGGCGAACUCCUCCCUACCAAAGUACGCGGCCUGUGCGGCGGCUACAUAUUCUGCCUCUUCAACGCAGUCCUAUUCGGAUUCACUAAACUUUACCCGGUCAUGAAAGACAAGAUUGGCAUGACGGGUGUCUUCGGGCUUUUCGGCGCGUCAUCCUCACUCGCUACUGUAGCCCUAUUCCUUUUACUGCCAGAGACGAAGGGCAAGUCUCUGUUGCAGAUUGAACAGUAUUAUCAGAAACCUAACUUUUUGUGGGUGACGAGGAAAAAAGCUGCGAAUAACCAAGAGGUUUGAAUUGCAGUAGAAUAAUUGUAGUGUGAAAUGUACUUAAGUGAAACUUUGGACCACUGACAAUGAAAAUAUGUAUAACUUAUUUAUUAGCAUUUUAACUAGGUAUACUGGGAGCACGAUUUUUUAUUGACACACAAACAUAUGUA